ACAUGAGCUGUGGGCAAGCCAUUGCAUCUGAACAAAGAACCCGGGGUACGUUCCUGGAGACAGUUCCUCAUCUGACACAUAACAGGCUUUCCAGUUGAGAAGAAAGUAUUGUUUCUGCUGCCAUGAUUGCCAUACAAGGAACAGAACAGACUGUAUUAGAAGCUGGUUAUGGGGCACAGCAGAAUGGACAACCUUUAUAUGUGAAUUCACAUUCAUGGAAAAGAAUGACAGAGAAGUUCUUGAAGGGAGAACCCAAAAUCCUUGGGAUUGUGCAGAUUGUGAUUGCCAUUAUGAACUUCAGCAUAGGAAUCAUGAUGAUAAGUGCUACUGUGUCAUCUGGUGAAGUACUCCCUGUAUCAGUGUACAUAGGAUACCCAAUUUGGGGGUCCCUAAUGUUUAUUAUUUCAGGAUCAUUUUCAAUUGUAGCAGGAAGAAGAACUACAAAAGGUUUGGUUCGAAGCAGCCUAGGCUUGAACAUUACCAGCUCUGUGUUUGCCUUCUCAGGGAUUAUAAUCAGCUCCCUGAGCCCAGGCAUUUAUUCUUACCAUGUAUAUUACUGUAACUAUAGAAGUUCAUCAGAAGGCUGCCACAUGUCCUUGUCCAUUUUAAUGAGUCUGGAUAUCGUGGUAGUCGUUUUAAGUGUGCUGGAAUUCUGCAUAGGAAUAUCCCUCUCUGCCUUUGGAUGCAGGGUAAUGUGUUGUAACCCUGGUGGGGUCGUGGUAAUUAUGCCAUCGAAUCCUGCCAAGGCAGAGACAGCAUAUCCUGCAUCACUUCAAAGUGGAUUGAUGCCACCAGAACAAUGAGAGAAAAAUGUUCCAGAAAAUAUGCACUGAUUAUUUUUCAGGAACCACAUAUGGGAAAGCACAAGAACCCAACUCUGAUGUCUACGUAUGAGUGCACAUGUAUGUUGUGUGUGUGAUUGAAAUGACAUUCUCAUGUUUCAUCAGAAAGUUGGCAGAUCAUUCCACUAGCUCCCCCUAAGAGUGUCAGAAUGUAAUAAAUAAAUCAACCAUAUACUGGCU